GGGCGGGUGCGCGGCGGCACGGAGUGGCCUUCCGCGCAAGCGAAGAGUCCCGCAGUCGGAGGCGGCGGGCUGGGCGUGCGCUCGCUGCCUGCAGCCGGGGCCGGGCCGGGGCCAGCGGGAGAGGGCGGCGGCGGCGCCGGGUAGGACACGGCGGGCGCGGGCUCUGCAGGCUGCGGAGCCCCGAUGUGAGGCGGCGGCGCCCCCCGGCCGGAGCGCGCAGCAUGGGGGCCCCGCUGGCCGCGGCGCUGGGCGCCCUCCACUAUCUGGCACUUUUCCUGCAACUCGGCGGCGCCACGCGGCCCGCGGGCCAUGCGCCCUGGGACAACCACGUCUCCGGACACGCACUUUUCACAGAGACGCCCCAUGACAUGACAGCGCGGACAGGUGAGGAUGUGGAGAUGGCCUGCUCCUUCAGAGGCAGCGGCUCCCCAUCCUACUCACUGGAGAUCCAGUGGUGGUACCUGCGCAGCCACCGGGACUGGACAGACAAGCAGACUUGGGCCUCCAACCAGCUAAAAGCUUCUCAGCAGGAGGACUCGGGGAAGGACGCCACCAAAAUAAGUGUGGUCAAGGUGGUGGGCAGCAACAUCUCCCACAAGCUGCGGCUGUCGCGGGUGAAGCCCUCUGACGAAGGCACCUACGAGUGUCGCGUGAUCGACUUCAGCGACGGCAAGGCCCGGCACCACAAGGUCAAGGCCUACCUGCGGGUGCAGCCCGGGGAGAACUCGGUGUUGCAGCUGCCUGAUGCGCCCCCUGCCGCGCCCGCACCGCCGCCCAAGCCGGGCCGGGAGCUGCGCAAGCGCUCUCUGCCAGAGGCUUGCAGCCUGUAGCCCGCUCGCCCCGCAUGCAGUCCUCCUGGCCCUGCGGCGACGGUGGCAGAGGAGUCCCGCGUGUGCUUUGCUUGCUUGCCCCCCCUCCCGGCUCCGCUUCAUACACUCCGUCUUCGCGGCCAACCCCCUGGUGAGGAGCCGGGCCGUGGGGGGCCUACGCUCCUGUUCCGUCUCUUUCUACCCGGAACCGGCUCCGGGUCCCCCCUGGGAAGCGGAGGACCCCCAGCCCCACGCGGGAGGCUGCCCUGCCAGGCAGAGUUAGCACCAGCAGGCUCGCUCUGGGCCCUCGAGGCUCUCCCCGAGCCCCCCUCUGCCGGCACCCCCCCCCACGCCCAGCCCUGUCCUGGGCCUGUGAAGUCCACCCAAGGGAUCCCCUCCACCCAUGCCCUCCCCAUUCCUGAUCAGGGGACACCCACCCUGGUGGUUUGUAAAUAUUUCUAUUGGGCCCACCCCGCCCCGGAACUGGCUCAAACCUCUGGCCACCCUCGGUGAUGGAGGGGAGGUGGGAGGCCCAGGGCUUUGCCUAGGGGUGAGCGGGCCCUGUGUAUAUGACCCAACCUGUGAGUACCAGCCAAUUCCAAUAAAGCGGUUUAAACCAA